AUGGCUCUCCGUCUUGGUGACACCGCCCCCGACUUCGAGGCUCAGACCAACAAGGGUCCCAUCAAGUUCCACGACUACAUCAAGGACUCGUGGGCCCUCUUCUUCUCGCACCCCGCCGACUACACCCCCGUGUGCACCACUGAGCUCGGUGCGCUCGCCGGUGAGGCCAAGGACUUCGACGCCCUCGGUGUCAAGCUGGUCGGUCUCUCCGCCGACGACGUCGAGUCCCACCAGGGCUGGAUCAAGGACAUCCAGCAGUUCAGCGGCAACCAGGUCGACUUCCCCAUUGUUGCGGACGCCGACCGCAAGGUUUCGACCCUGUACGGCAUGCUGGACAACCAGGACGCCACCAACGUCGACGCGAAGGGCAUCCCCUUCACCGUCCGUUCCGUCUUCGUCAUCGACCCCCAGCAGAAGAUCCGUCUUAUUCUCACGUAUCCCGCUUCCACGGGACGCAGCUUUCCCGAGAUCCGUCGCGCCAUAACCAGCCUACAGUUGGGCGACAAGAAGAAGAUUACGACCCCGGCGAACUGGACGCCCGGAGAGAAGGUUAUCGUCCACCCUUCGGUUCAGGGCGAGCAGGUCAAGGAGCUUUUCGGCGACAACGUCGAGACUGUGUUCCCCUACCUGCGCUUCACCAAGGUCGAGAGCUCCUAA